UGCGAGUGCUCUGCGACCGUGAAUUCAAAAAACACUUCCAUUUCCUCAGGCGCCGUAAACGGGUCUACAUCCUGCGUCCUGCGCGUAUCACGCUGCGCGGCUGCAAUGGCGGUGUAGACUUCUCUCGUCCGAGUUGUUGCGGGUCUCGUUUUCUUCAAGGUGCUGUACGCUUUGUGUUGCUAUCUGAAUGGACAAUAAGGUGGAUGUUUCGGAAGUUGAAGAUAUUUCAAUGAUUGGAACAUCUGGAAUUUUUCACCUGCCUGACGUCCCAGAGAUAUCGGAGGCAUUAGAAUCGACUGGCCUUAGUCCCUUAACUUCUUCCUUGGAUCAAGCUCUUACGCUGCAAGAAGAUAAAGCUCUCUCAUCCGAAGUUAACAUGGGCAUUGAGGAUACAUGGACUGAAGCAAACAGUUCAACAUCAGAUUAUGCAAUUCCUCUUCCUCCGCCACCUGGAUUAAAUGAUUUCUCGGAUGUCGGUGCCGAUCCCAUUGAUUCUGGAACUGGCAUAGAACAUGGUCCAUUCCUGCCACCUGGUACACCAGCACUUAAUAAUCUUUUUGCAGAGGCAGGAGAUUCGCAUGAUGAUUCGCCAAUGGAAGUAGUUGUCCUGCCUGCAGGUGUAUGUGGUCUUCGUAAUUUGGGUAAUACCUGUUUUAUGGCAGCUGGGUUGCAAUGUUUGACCGCGACUCCACCUGUCCUACGACAUUUCUUGGAUUUACAGCAAAGAGGAGAGAAACUGCCUCCACCUGGAUCAUUAAUGGCACACUUUAGUGUACUUCUUGGGAAAAUGUGGUCUGGAAGAUAUAGUGUACUCAGACCGACAGAGUUCAAACAGACUUUAGGUGCUUAUCAUUCACAAUUUAAGGAUUACAGGCAGCAUGAUUGUCAAGAAUUUUUGGCGCUUCUAUUGGAUUCCCUCCACGAGCAAAUGAAUACAGCAAAGUGUGCCAAGAACUAUCAAGUUCCAUUGUCUACAACCACUGCCAAUUCUUUUAAUUCUAUAGAAAAUUCCAAUGGAAAGACCCUUUCUCCUGUCACUGCCACGGCUAAUCCUAAUUCAGAUCUUUUGGAAAUGUAUGAAUGUCUAUCACCAGAAUGUCCAAAUAGUCCCAAUGUAACUAUGGCUGGCUCACCAAGAGAUUUUGAUUCGUCAAUCGGAGAGCUCGAUAGUAACACAAAUUCACCGAGGGAUUCACCGUUAAAUGGAGAGGAUGAUGAGGAAACGCUAGAUUCAAAUGAAAUAAUCGAGGCGAGAUCGAGCACUUUUAUUCAUAACAAAGUGAACGAAGAAGGCACAAAUGAAACUACUCCAACACGAUCUUUGAGAUUAGACACAUUGAUUGAACUAUCAAAAACGCCGCAAUAUGGUGGUUUCGAUAUUCAUAAAGAAGCUAAAACCAGUAAUGCUAAUUUCUUAGUAACGCAACAAGAAUGUAAUAACGAGAUCCAUUACGAUUCACAGAAAUUUCCAAAGGACAAUGUCCGUAGGAUGCGGCUAGACAAUUCGAAUCUGAUGGAGAAUCACGACUUUGAUAAUAAAAGUGUUAGUAUCAAACGUAUAAAAGAAGUAAAUGUUCAGAAAGUCAACGGUAGUCUUGAUCAUGCAUCAAAUAGUUCUGACAUCGAGUAUGAUAGCGGUCUGGAAAAGUGCAAUGUGAAACGCAUGAGAUUAGAUGAUCAGGAAAAAAAUCACAAGCAUGAUAGUCUGGGUAAUGAGAAUAUUCAAUGUUCGCGAAUUCCACAAAAUUAUGGUACCGGCGCUAUUGCUGCGCAAGAAGAGAUCGAGGCGGAUAAACACUGGGUAAAGCAUUUGCGAUCCAAUAAAAGCAUCAUUGUUGAUACUUUCCAGGGCCAGUUUAAAAGCACGGUUGUGUGCUCGGUUUGUAACCACGUUUCUGUUACAUAUGAACCUUUUAUGUAUCUAUCGGUACCUCUACCUCACGCGAUGGAGAGACAAUUGAACGUCACAUAUGUUCCUGCAAAUGGUGAUCAACCCAUGAGGUGCGUCGUUUCCUUAAACAAGCAAUCACGAAUUGGGAAAUUGAAAGAGGAAUUAUUAAAAACGCUCGGCAAGGAGAAUAUCUCGGUGACGAAUAUUGCACUUGCAGAGGUUUUAGAGAAUCACAUAGCGAAGAUUUUGGAUGACAAUACACUCUUGAGACACAUCAAUGAUACGAAUCGAUCAAUAUACGCCUUUGAACUCACGGAACCUCCCGAUGCGUACACUUCAGUGUCUGAUGGCGGUGGUGGCGAUCGUCCUGCAGAGAUGGAUUCUUCUCAGAAGUGUACAAUAAUGGGUGAAGAAGUGCCAUGCAUGAUCUGUCUUGAGGAAUUGGAUGGCGAUUUGAAGAGGCAUAGUGGAAAUAAUUGUAACUUUAUUAUGUGCGACAGUUGCAUUGAGAAUUACUUCAAAAAUCAAACAGAACCUCAAAUGUGUCAGAUGUGUUCUACGUACAUGACAGCCUCGUCAUUUACGAAAAUAGAUCAAACGGGCCGACCGAGACCGAUUGUACGUAUUUUGAAUGUACCUUUGGUGUUGAGGCACGACACAACAAAUGAGACGACGAAUAAUCGCAAAGGCACGAAACUUUUUGGAUAUCCGCAUUUAAUACGACUUCCGUCGAGAGUGAAUGCACAGGAUCUGUAUGAUAUUGUCAAAAAAAAUGUGCCGCACGAAGGACGCUAUACAAUUCAUUUCGUUGAUGGACAGGGUCAUCAUUGUUCACGUUGUAUGUACACCGCGCAUUGUACAGGAUGUAGUGUACCUGAGACGGGAAUGGUUGCGCUACAAAACGGUGAUACGCUUGCGGUUCGUUAUACCGAGUAUGUUCCUAAGAUCUUGCAUCCCGUUGAUCAUGUUAGCGUCAGUAAACAACGACCGCAUCAUCCAUUAUCUCUUUAUGAUUGCCUUCAAGCGUUUAGUCAAAGUGAAACUUUAGAUGAACAUAAUCCUUGGUUUUGUCCGAAAUGUGAAUGUAACCAAUGUGCCACAAAAACACUUACGGUACAUCGAUAUCCCAAGUUCCUUAUUGUAUAUCUUAAACGAUUCGUGUUUUAUGAAUGCGCGAGUAUGAAGCUAGAUGAUAAAGUCACAUUCCCUUUGGUGGGUCUGAGCGUGGGACGCCACCUUUAUGAUCUCUAUGCUUGUGUAUGCCACUUUGGAGGCGUCUCCGCGGGCCAUUAUACGGCGUAUGCGAAAAAUCCUCGCACGGAUGUAUGGUAUUAUUACAACGAUGAAAUUACGAGUAAGCAGAAGCCACAGGAUGAGGACUUUAGCAAUGCGUAUAUAUUGUUUUAUAGUCGACAAGGGACCAACUUGAAGCCGUGCAAUAUAUAACAAGUGGUGUAUUUAACUUGAUAGUCGAUAGAAUAUGUCAAUCAAACGGAGGAGAAACAAUCGGGGAUAGUGGUGAAAAAAAGGAUGAAGUGUAACGGAAGAGGGAAUUAAUAUUUUGUGUUCUUCCACGUGUUUUUUAUUAUGAACGUUUACUCGUGUAUUUCUCAUACGUUUGCAAUUUUCCCUUUUAUAUAUUUUGUUGUGCUUCUAUCUUCCCUGUGCAUCUCCUUCUCUCCUGCCUCUGCUAGAGUUGUAUUUAAAAGUGCAACGGACUGCGUCUCUAAUACGCUGUGUUGAGUUGCGCUGGAUUAUGUGAAAUAUUGAUAGUCUGUGAAUUUCUUUCGUAACAGUUAUGCAAUUACUGCAAUGAUGAGAGAAUGUGUCUUCGCCGGUCUCGAUUCUCUGCCGGUGAUUAUUCUGCGCUAGUGCAGCUUAGGCCUGUUUUACGAAUUCAAAGAGAGAACUGAGCAUAUUUGUAUUGCAUAUAUUGUAAACGUAUGUCGAAUUUGUACAGUAGACGGUUAAAUGUAGAACUCAAGAAUUCUAAACACGUAAUUUAUUAGUGAAUAAAGUGAACGUCAUACUUGAAAA